AUGGGGUUCUUUCGCAGGGAUAAGGACAAGAAGAAGCAGAAGGGUCAUCAGCAGUCAAAGUCCCAUGAGUUCACCGACAGCCAACUGUCAAAGUACUCGUCCCAAGUCCAGCAGAACUUCCGCAACGUCGCCUCCCCGCCCGGCGCUCACAUCCCCACGCGAGCAUCCGCCGCUCUCUUCCAGAGCCUGCCAAAGGAAAUCCUACCGCGAAUAUUCUCAUUCGUGUGCCCACACACUGAAGAUGAGACCUACGAGACGUGCGAGACGAGCGCCAUCUUUGACGCUUGCAUGCUAUGCGACCUGAGAGACCUGGCUCACUGCGCGCGCGUCUGCUGGAAAUGGAACCAAAUGGCCAACGCCCUGCUGUACCACAGCAUCCGAAUCGACGCCGUCCACUAUUGCCCCCGCGAGAUCUACCUGUCGGAGCAGCGCAAGCGCAAGACCUUCUUCAAGCGCAACGCCGACCCCGAAGAUACCCCAACCGCCCGUCUGAAGUUGCUCUGCAGAACCCUGCGCGAGGACCCUACACGCUUUGGCUCGAGAGUCCGAUAUUUCAAGGUCCCCUACAUGCUUCGCGAGGCCGCCACAGCCGAUCUGGCCCGCAUUAUCCACGUUCUUCCCAACAUUGUCUACGUAGACCUGCCCGAGGGUCUCUUCGCCGACGAGCACGGCUAUGCCACGUUGAGGCUCGAGGUUGAGGCUAGGUGCCGAGACCUCCGCAAGAUGACGUACCGAGGAGGCGCUGAGAACAGCUUGUCCAAGCUGGCGCACGGCGGUAUCUGGCAGAAUCUUGAGGUUCUGGAGCUGAUCAAGAUCAACAUGGAUCCGAUCGUGAUGCGUCAUGCUCUGGCCAACCUGCGGAAGCUCCGCGCGCUAAAGGUGAUGGAGUCGCAAGCCUUGUCGGACGAUAUGUUUGCCCGUCAUGAGGAUUUGCCUCCGUUCCCGCCGCUUGAGGAGCUGGUCCUCAGCAAUACUCCAGCCGUCACCGCUCAAGGCUUGGUUGAUUACUUGAGCCGCGCUGAUACUCGCAACCACCUUCUCGUCUUGUCUCUCCUCAAGACUGGCGUGCAUCCAGCGACACUCGCCGAUAUCUUGUCAGCCGGCACAAAUCUGCAGACGCUGGCCAUCGAGGCCUCGGUAAGCGACGCUUUCAAGAGUGGGCCCAGGACGCGAAGGCUUGCGUCAGUCUCUCUCGAGUCGCUGCGUUUCGAAAUCACCGCUUCCAAGCCUGCCGGCCCUUACUCCAGUGUUACAGCUAGUUACUACACCUAUUUGGCCGCAUCGCUCAGAGGCAACGGGAUGCCCAACUUGCGGUCAGUCUACGUGCUGGACGAGUUCUUCCAAGACGAGCUUGAGGGCCUGCCCCGCCCCGCUGCGGCAUUCUCUUCCUACGGCGCCAACGCUCGUCCGAAAUCCUCGCACACGGUCGGUGCCAACCGGCCAAUGUCCGGUCUAGGUCCGGGCAGCGGUGGGCGCGGCGGCCUCGCGCCACCUAGCAGCGCCGGCAUGGCGAUCCCUCGACCUUUUGCGGGGGCUUCUCAGGUGCGCGCCUCGCAGCGCUUCAGCUCGACGAACCCCUUUGCCGGUACUGGGCCGCUCUCUCAUCCUCUCACAAUCUACUGCAAGGCGGACGAUGCCCUGGACUGGUCUUCGGUAAUGCUUCAGCCUACAGCGGCACCCGGUGGAGCUCGCCACCGAGGAAGCAUGAGCGUUCAUGGCGACCGACCCAUCAGCUCAUACGGUCUUGGCGCGGACAUUGCAGGGUCAGGCUGGAACACGGCAGCGGCGAGGAAGAGUGUUAUGGUGGGCAACGGCGCGGGCAUGUUCAUGGCCAUCCCGAGCCAGAGCACAGGUGGCAGCAGGGGCAGUGACGAGGACCUCUGGCCGAGACCCAGCACGGCGAAUAACGAGAAGAAGUCAAAUGAUCUCUGGCGGUGA